GCCCUCUACCCUCGGACGCUGGCCGCCGAGAGUGCAGGGAGCAGGGGCCCUGCAGAUCAGGUGGGGGACACCCCGAAACCCCUCUGCUGCAACGGCUUCUCGUGGCCCUGCCCUUCACCAGCACAGUGAUGCUUGACCCUCCUGUAUAUCGCUUUCCCUCAAAGGAAGAAGUCGAUGAAUUUGUUAAACUGGAUCACGAUGAACAGCAAAAAAGGCUGCGGUCGAUCAUAAAGAAAAUUGAUUCGGAUUCUGAUGGCUUUCUCACCGAAAGUGAGCUCAGUUCGUGGAUUCAGAUGUCUUUUAAGCAUUAUGCCAUGCAAGAAGCGAAACAGCAGUUUGUCGAAUAUGACAAAAACAGCGACGGCAGCGUGACUUGGGAUGAAUACAACAUCCAGAUGUAUGACCGGGUGAUCGACUUCGACGAGAACACCGCUCUGGAUGAUGCCGAGGAGGAGUCGUUCAGACAGCUUCAUUUAAAGGACAAGAAGCGAUUCGAAAAAGCUAACCAGGAUUCGGGACCCGGGUUGAAUCUGGAAGAAUUUAUUGCUUUUGAGCAUCCUGAAGAAGUCGAUUAUAUGACGGAGUUUGUCAUUCAAGAGGCUUUAGAAGAACAUGACAAAAACGGCGACGGCUUUGUCAGUCUGGAGGAAUUCCUUGGUGAUUACAGACGGGAUCCAACUGCAAGUGAAGAUCCAGAAUGGAUACUGGUGGAGAAAGACAGAUUCGUGAACGAUUACGACAAAGAUAAAGAUGGCAGGCUCGACCCCCAGGAGCUCUUGUCUUGGGUGGUUCCCAAUAAUCAGGGCAUUGCACAAGAAGAGGCUGUACAUCUGAUUGAUGAAAUGGAUUUGAAUGGAGACAGAAAGCUCUCUGAAGAAGAGAUUCUGGAAAACCAGGACUUGUUCCUCACCAGCGAGGCCACGGAUUACGGCAGACAACUCCACGACGACUACUUCUAUCACGAUGAGCUGUAGUCCCCGCGUCGCCCGAGCCCAGUGCCGGGGCCUUUUCUAAUCCGUCACCAGCUUUACUUUUGUGAUAAAAUAUCGAGGUUGUGUUUUACACUCUUAACAUAUGACCACAGUCAAAUGACCUUAAUGUAGAUUAGAAUAAUUUUGGCCCUUGAGGAGAAAAACAAAACAAAAGCCUGGUGUUGAUUUCCCGACGUGUUGGAGAAAUAAAACAUUGAUUAAUAUUGUACCAUACGACAGCAGAGACUUCCGGGAUGCGCCAUCUGUCUAGUACUGUAUUGUGGAAUGUCUGCGUUGUUUCCGUACUUGAAGAAAUGCAGGGUGUUAGAGACGCCUCAACACUUAUUUAAGUAGUACGUGACUGAGCUACCAAUUUUUGUUCUAAGUAGAUUUAAUUUGGGAACUGACAGAGGGACAGUGUUUUAGGGUUAGCCUUUUGUUUUAAAACCUUUAAAGGAACCUUUAGAAGAACUUAGACCUCACACUUUGAUGUUGAGAAGUUGUGCUUCAUUUUAAAAUGGUUUCUCUAAAGGUUUU